AUGCUGGUUGUGAACGGGACUGGUCUAAGAAGAAACUCAAUUAUAGAGUUAUGUGUGUUUCCGGACAUGAAUGUUCAUAGAAUGAUGGUUGAGCUGAGCAAACAGACAGACAAUCCUGUAUUCUUCGACACCGUUGGAAACCUAAGAGUAGUAGCAGAUGCCUCGUUUAUCCUGAGCUAUAGAAAACUUGUGAAGGCACUUCUGUCCCUGAAAUCUAGAAGAGGAUUUGUGCUGUUCAUUGAUUCCAUUUCAUUUCUUGCAGAUAAAUCUGUGGCAAAUCUCCAGAGGUUUUACAACAUUCUGUGGAUGCUGAUAUACGAGAACGAUGCCACUAUUGUUGUAUCGAACCACUACAGGAUCGUUAGAAAUCGAGGAGCUCUUGACUUUGCACUUGAGUUGGGACAGAGGUGGAAAAUGAUGGUAAGCUACAGGAUUAUGUAUAAAUAUGUUGGGGACAAGGUUGUUGCAAAGAUCUAUAGCGACGAGUUAUUUGAGAAAGUUUGA